AUGUCACAAGUACUUGCUGUCUUUGGCGCCACUGGCCAACAAGGUGGAUCGGUGGUGAAGUUCGUUCGCGACGAUCUAGAGCUCUCGAGCAAGUACAAGAUCCGCGCCAUUACCCGCCACGUAGAUUCAGACAAGGCCAAAGCCCUCAAAAGCCACGUGGAAGUCGUCAGGGCUGAUUUCGCAGACCUGGCCUCCGUGGGGAAAGCACUCGAAGGAGUCAAUGCCGUAUUCCUCAUGAAUGCACCGUACUUGGGCGAUAAUGCAUUCGAGGACGAACUACAGAGCCUGAAGAAAAUUGCCGACAUCGCAUUAGAAAAAGGUGUCGAGUUUCUCAUCUACAGCAGCUUGCCAUCUCCCGCCAAGAUCAGCAACGGCAAAUACAAGACCAUCGCGGCAUUUGACGCCAAGGCUGAAGUGGAAGCCUACAUCCGCACUCUACCUAUCCGGAGCGCCUUCUACCGCCCGGCGUCCUUCAUGGAGAACCUUAACCCUUCAACUUUUCUGGCGCCUGUAAAAUCCGAGGACGGAACAUGGGUGAUUACGCGCCCGCACCCGCCGACGGUGCGCUACUCGCUCAUCGCCGCCGCGAUGGACACGGGGAAGUUUGUGGGCGGGAUGCUCGCCGCUCCGCUAGACGAGAUGUCCGGACGGGCCAUCAGUGCGGCGCAAGGUCUGUACAGCUUGAAGGAGAUCAUGGCCAGCCUGGAGAAGGCGACAGGGAAGACGUUCGUGUACAAGCAAAUGCCCGUGGAGGAGUUUCGCGCGUCGAUGCCCUUUGCGGGGGACAUGUUCACGGAUGUGUUUGGAUACUAUGAGGAGUUUGGAUAUUUCGGGCCAGACACGGAGAAAAUCAUAGAGGAAGACAGGAAAGUGGCAAAGGGGACAUUGACAUCGUUGGAUGAGUGGCUCGCGGCGAAUCCUGGAAUGUACGACUGA